AUGACUAUAGCCAAGCCAAUCACACUCGGGGUACUUGCUCUCCAGGGUGCAUUCAGGGAGCAUAUCAACUAUUUCAACUCAGUUAUUCAGCAAAAUGAAGAAAAAUACUCCAAUUAUUCUAUCGCCGUAAUUGCAGUUCGAACCAAAGAGGACCUCGAGAAAUGCGACUCAUUGGUGAUCCCUGGUGGUGAAAGUAGUUCCAUGUCAUAUAUUGCUGAAAGAACGAAUUUGCUUCCGCAUUUGUACGAUUUCGUCUCCAAUGAGUCAAAGUCUAUCUGGGGUACUUGUGCAGGCUUGAUAUUUCUCGCAAAGGAGAUAGAAAAUGCCGUAGAUAACCAAACAUGUUUGGGUGGAUUGGACAUACAAGUGAGCAGGAACGCAUUUGGUCGACAGGUUGAUUCGUUUGAGCAGAAAUUAGAUUUUAGUGGAUUUAUACCUGGGUGUCAUAACUUCCCCACUGUCUUUAUACGAGCACCGGUAGUGACCAAGAUUUUGACUAACGGAGAAGGGCUUGCAUCUGCACCAAACAAGGUUGUGAGGUCAAAGAACAGCUACGUCAACAAAGCACCAGUCGAGGUAUUGUAUCAGUUGCAAAACUACGAUGGGAAGGAAAAUCAACUUAUUGUGGCUGUGAGACAGGGUCGUACACUAGGAACUUCGUUCCACCCUGAAUUAUCAGACGAUAAUAGGUUUCAUCAAUGGUUUAUAGACGAGUUUGUGUUGUAA